GGCAGGGUCUUAAACUCAAGACCUCUUGGCUCGGAUACCCUAUUGAUUUCAUGCAUCAGCCAACUCAUCCAAAAGUCCGAACUGAUGAAGGAAGGCGGGCAAUAUGUUUCAACACACAGUCCACAUACACGCCGACUUGCUAGCUCCGGCCAUCGACAAUGGAGAGAAAGGCAGAGGCGCGCCACCAGCAGCUGCUCCACGGCGUGAGCCUGGACCUGCGUCUCAACACGGUCACCCACCAGCGCGGGGGGCCGCGCCCGGCGUCCCCCGCUGCUCCCGCGGCGCUCGACAACGUCGGCAGGGAGGCCUUCGCCUGCAACUACUGCCACCGCAAGUUCUUAAGCUUGCAGGUGCUCGGCGGCCACCAGAACGCGCACAAGCUGGAGCGCACCCUCGCCAAGCGCAGCCGCGACGUCCCCUCCUCAGCCGUCGCCACGGCGACUGCUUCCUCUUCCACGGCCGCCCACAGCUGGCUCCACGCCGGCGGCGGGGAGCUCUGGGGGUACUCUGCUUCGGCCGCUGCUCCGGACUCCGCGAAGAUAGCGCCACUGAUGGGCAUGGGGAUGGGCUGGGCUGGCACCGGCAGCACGGCAGAGGCCGCCGGGGAAGCGGUGCCGGAGGUCGACCUGUCGCUCAAGCUCUGACGAGCUAAUUUAGCCAGCACUAGAUUCCAGAAGCAAAUGUGCAUGGACAAUCGAUACGUCUAGCUUGUCAACAGCAAGUACCCCUAGUAGGUAGUACUGGUGCUUAAUUAGUUGUUGCAUGCAUGCACCUGGCGGUUAAUUGAUUAAUUAUUCGGAGUAUA